GUCCCGAUUUACAUAAUAGCCGUUGGUUUUUUAUGGUUUUUUAUUUUUUUUUCCAGUCAAUUUUGGACCACUGAUUAAUCAUGUUGUAAAAUUUAUAGGAAAUCAAUUACACUUAUAUUGUUGUUACAUUUAUAAUAAAAAAUUUGAAGUUGGAUCAGUGGGUCGUUCUACAACUUUGCCAAAAUUUAUUCUUGACAAUUGUUUAUCAUUUUGCCAUCAACAUUUGAUUCUAUUCACAAGUGAAAAACAAAACAUUAACACCAUGGAUCCCAUGGAUUUUUUCAAUGGUAAAACCAUUGUCAAGAGGAUAACUCUUCAUGAGCCUGGAAGAAAACUGGUCAAGCCAGAAGGUAUGGAUGCUUUGGAUCGUCGUUUAAAAUUAAAUCCAAACAUGCACAGCUAUGCUCCAUCAGCUGGACCAGAAGGUACCAGUUAUGCUGAUGAAUUUAUAAAAAAUGAAAAUGAAAGAUUGUACAUGAAAUCAUUGACCCCACUUACAAAAGUGGCUAAUGAUCAAAUGGAUACAGUGUCAUUGGUAACAAGUGCACUUGCUGAUUCAGUUUUAAAUGAAGAUGUCGAUAGAUUAGUAUCAACAUACAGUUUUCGUCGUGGUCUCAGAGAAAAAAAAAUGACAAUAUCAUCAAUAAAAGAUGAUAUACUCAGUAUGGUUAACACAAAUCCAGUUGUUAUAAUACAAGGACCAACUGGUUGUGGUAAAACAACACAAGUACCACAAUACAUUUUGGAAAAUAGUUUUAAAAAAAAACUAGCAUGUAAUAUUGUUGUCACUCAACCCAGAAGAAUUGCAGCAAUAAGUAUUGCUAAACGUGUUUGUGAAGAAAGAAAUUGGGAACUUGGUGGUCUUGUUGGAUAUAAAGUUGGUUUAGCAAGUCACACAUCACCUGAUACACGUUUAACUUAUUGCACUACAGGUGUACUACUUCAUCGUUUAAUUAAACAAAAAAAUCUUAAUGAUUUUACACAUAUUAUCAUUGACGAAGUACAUGAACGUGAUCAAGAUAUGGAUUUUUUACUUUUAAUUGUUAGAAAAUUUUUACGUACAAAUUCACAUUCAGUUAGAAUAAUAUUAAUGUCAGCAACAAUAAAUGUUGAUAAAUUUGCAAAAUAUUUUUCAUUAUAUCUUGGUGAAAAUUUAACACAAGCACCAAUUAUUGAUGUUGUUAAAAGAAAUAUAUAUGAUGUACAUGAUUUUUAUCUUGAAGAUUUAAGUGGUAUUGCUGAACAGCCAGUAAUUAAUUAUGAUGAACCAACAAUAUCACCAAAAAUGUAUGUACUUUGUAAAAAAUUAAUAUUAAUGUUGGAUGAAGCUGAUUGUUCAUCAACAAUGAACAAACAAGACAUAACAGAUCGUCCAACUGUUCUUGUAUUUUUACCUGGAAUACAUGAAAUUGAAGAAAUGCAUAGUGCAUUGUUAGAAGCAAAUUAUGAAUCUUGGGAAAUAGUUAUACUACAUUCAUUGGUGACAAACAGUGAACAAUCAAAAAUAUUUGAAGAUGUUAAUGAAGGUAUACGUCGUGUUAUAUUAUCAACAAAUGUAGCUGAAAGUAGUUUAACUGUGCCAAAUGUCAAGUAUGUCAUUGAUUUUUGUUUGACAAAACAGCUAAUAACAAAUCCAGAUACAAAUUUUCAAGGUCUUGAAUUAACAUGGGCAAGUAAAGCUAAUUGUCAACAACGUGCUGGACGUACUGGACGUGUUAUGGCUGGUAGAGUUUAUCGUUUAAUACCAAGAUCAAUGUAUAAUCAAGAAUUACCAGAUGAAAAUCCACCAGAAAUAUUACGUGCACCAUUGACAAAUGUAUUUUUAAAAGCAAAAGUAAUGAAUAUGGAAAAACCACAUGCUUUACUUGCAUUAUCACUUGAUCCACCUGAUUUAAAAAAUUUAUGUAAAGCUGUAUUGACAUUAAAAGAAACUGGUGCAUUAUUAAUAGCUGAUAAAAAUGAUGAUCCAUUUGAUGGUGAGAUAACUGAUCUUGGUAAAAUAAUGGCUGAGCUACCAGUUGAUGUACAUAUUACAAAAUUAAUAAUGCUUGGACAUGUAUUUAGUGUUUUACAAGAUGCAAUUGUCAUGGGUGCAAGUAUGUCUGUUAAAAAUAUGUUUAGUUCACAUUUUCAAAAAAAAAUAUCAUCACAUAAUGCCAAAUUAUACUGGGCACAAAAUACUGGAUCUGAUGGAAUUGCAUUUAACAGUGCAUAUCGUGUAUGGAGAUCCAAAAAAGCAAAUUUAAAUAUUAGAAAUAAUUCAGAAGAAAUAUCAUGGGCAAGAAGAAAUUAUCUUGAAAUACGUGUAUUACGUGAAGUUGAUGUAUUGAUACAAGAAAUAACUGAAAGACUAGCAAGACUUGGUAUCAUUGAAACAGUAGGAGAAAAUAAAGUCGUAUGGACUGGUGAUCGUAAAAUAUUUAUACUUAAAGUUAUAACAGCUGGUGCAUUUUAUCCACAUUAUUAUUUAACUGAACCAUUGCAUGAUGAAAAAAGUAUGAUUAAAUUUAUUGGUGGUUUAGAUCCAACAAAAACAGUAUAUUUACAUGGCUGGCAAAAUGGACAACCUGGUAUGUUAUAUGCUAAAAGAAUACAAGAAUUAUUUAAUAAUUGUAAAGAUUCAAAGACAAAUAAAAUUAUUGUACAAUUUGAUAAUUCAUCACGUGUAUUUGUACAAUUUGGUAAUGCAAUUGCACAAGAUCAUGAAUCAUUAAAUACAGUUAAAAAUGAUACAAAAAAUAAUGAUAUACCAUUGGCUAUUUAUCAAGCAAUUAAAAUGAGAAAAGUAUCAGAUAAAAAUAUGAUUGUACCAGUUAUGGAACCAAAUUCAUCAAUAAGACGUGCAAAAGAACUUGAUAUUGAAACAAAAAUUUUUUAUUUACCACAAGAUGAACCACUUGUGUCAUCUCGUUACAUUGAAAUACGUCCAAAAUUACCAUCACUUGAUACUUUAUGUAUACCAUUAAAAAUUAAACAUGUCAUUAAUCCAGGACAUUUUUGGGCAUCAUUAUCAGACAUGGAAACAAAUGAACGAUAUAAAUUACUUGAAAAUUAUUUAUCAACAUUACCAGCUGAUAAUUUUAUUAAAUUUGAUAGAGAACCAUCAAUUGGUAGUUUUGUACUUGGUCCAUAUAAUAUUAAUGAAAAUAAAAAAAUAUAUCAACGUGGUUUAUUACAACAUAUAACAAGAAAUUCAACUAAUAAAAUAGCAACAGUAUUUUUCAUUGAUUUUGGUACAAUUCGUCAUAUACCAAUUGAUGAUUUACGUCGUUUAUCAUCAACAAAUAAAAUUCGUAAAAUACCAGCACUUGUAUUUCAGUGUGUAUUGACAAAUGUCAAGCCAUCAUUGGCGAAUAAUGUCACUGGUGAAUGGACUGAUGAAUCAAAACAAGUAUUUAAUAAACUAAUAAAAAAUAAAAAUGAUAUUUAUGGUAAUGUUUAUUCAGUUGUUGACAGUGUUGUAUCAAUAAAUCUGGUUUAUUCAGAUAAAAGUGAUGAAACAGUAAAUGAAUAUUUAUUGAAAAAUAAAUAUGCUGAAUAUCGUGAAGAAUCAUUUUUAUCAAAAAAAAAUCAUGAAAUACGUCAAAAAUAUAAAGAAUUAUCAUCAAUUGAAAAAUCAAAUUAUGAAGAAAAACAAUAUAAUCAAUUGUAUCUUGCUGAUACAUAUGUUGAGCCACCAAGUGUUGAUGAAUGUACAAGAACAAUUAAAUUACAUGGUCCAUAUUCACCACUUGAAGUUAAACUUCAUGAUUUAACAAAUGUUGGAAUGGGAAUGAAAGUUAUUAUACAUGAAACUUCAGUUAAUUCUGUAUUACUUGAUGGAGCAAUUGAUGAAACACAAUCAAGAUUAGUUGUUGCAGCAAAUAUUAGUCAAAGUUCAACGUCAAAUUUAUUGACACUUAGAAAUACAACAUUGAUGCCAAGAAUUCCUGGUCUUGUUGGUUUAUUAUCAUUAAUAUUUGCACCAAAAAUUGAGCUUCGAGCUAAUGCACAAACGACAAGAAAUAUUGGUGUACUAUGUGGUCUUGGAUAUAGUAUCAAUAAUUCCCUUGAAAAAUUGAUUGUUUAUCCUGAGCAUGAUAUGUAUAUUGAUUUUGAUGUUGAUAUAUCAACAAAUGAUUUGCAAAAUAUUAACAGAUUAAGAUACUGGAUGAGUAUGGGAAUAUUUACUGAAUCAAAUCCAGAAAAUUCUGAAAGAGAUAUCAAUGAUCGUAUGUUAAAUAUACAAAAUAAUGUUAAAAAAUUUUGGACUGAAAUUAUUGAUACAAAACGUGAACCAGUUAAUCGUGAAUAUGAUUUAAAACAUUACAAAUGGUGCAGAUAUAGUUCAUCAAAGUUUAUACAAGCUAGAGAUUCAGAUAAAUUUAAUAAAAUUAUAUUUCCACUACAUCGUGCACUUAUACUUCGUCAACAAGAUUUAAGUCGUGAAAUAUUGAUGGCACAUGUGGAAGAACUUAGAACUUUAUCUGGACAAAAAUCAUCAACAUUUGGCAGUAAAUUGAUUGAAUGUAAAUUAUGUAAUGAAGAAGUUUAUGGAAUCAUGGAAUUACGUAAACAUAUUUUUUCAGUUGAUCAUCGUGCACUUGAAAGUAAGCUUCGUGCACAUUUUCAAUAAAUUCAAAUCAUUAUUUU